AUGCUAUUAAAUGUAAUUAAUUUAUUAAAUGAUUAGAACUAAAUAAUACUUUUGUUAAACCAUUAAUCUGGGGUAGAUUCAUUACAAAAUUGUAAAUCAAUAAACAUCUAAAAGUAGGUUUUUCGGGUGUUAAAAUAGGAGUAAUUAAUGAUGAUGAAUCAAGUCUGGCAAGUAAUUUUAUUAGUAAAAAACACUGUGACAUACUUGUAGUUCUUAAUUAUAAUUGA